CCAAUACUACUGUACUGUAUAUUGUAAUUUUCAGAUCACAGAAAUUCGUAAGCCAACUCCUCGAGAAAUUCACAGAUUAAUCCUGAGAGGUUGGAAGCCAGGGUCAGCCACUGUGCAGUUUAGAAGGGCACAACAUCAGGAGAUUAGCAUGCACAAAGACACACUUGUAUUUAGUUGCAGUUAAUGCUCCAGGCACAGUUUGCAUCAAUGUCAGUGUAGUGAGGCCUGUCAAACUCAGACAGAUUAUUGUCUACAUGUCCCACUGACACGCACCAAGAGCCUGUAUCUCUCAGCCCUCUGUUGACAGAAGGCACUGUCUGUUUCAUUUCUGUGAUAGUGUACUUCUGACUGGCAGAGCCCACAAUGGGAAUCGAUCAUAUGUACUGUACUGCAAAUCCCCCUCUAAUGCAGUAGCCAGAAAUCAAUGAUGAGAUAAAUCCUCGCUAACUCAACUCAAUAACCUCUCCUCUCUAUGCACGUCAAGGAGGGUCGGAAAGAUUUUGAAUGGAAAUCAAUGACAAUCAGAGGAGGUUAGGACUCGUUUUUGUGGCAGGUGCUUCAUGUCAACUGAUGAUCAAUAUCUGGAGAGUGUCAUGAGAAGAUAGACAUUGUGCACUAGUCUUUAGAAAGCCUCAAUAGGUUCCACAACUGAACAGUGCUCUUGUGCUCUGCAGCUGAUCCUGUGCUGCUUCCAUCCUAUCCACUGUGUGUAUGAGUGUGAUAUGUAUGCUAUUCUAUUUUUUCUAUUCUAUUCUAUUUUAUAUUAUUCUCAAAAAUCUCUAUUACAUUAACCUUCUGAGUAUUAUAAAUACUAUAUAGACCAACUCCAACGAUCAUAUGUCUUUUUGCAGAUUCAGAAUGUAUGUUCUACUACCAGGGGAUCCAGAAUAGACCAUCCAUAAUGUUAGUACCAGACCCUGUUGGUUAGAGACAUCCAUAAUGUUAGUACCAAACCCUCUUGGUUAGAGACAUCCAUAAUGUUAGUACCAGACCCUCUUGGUUAGAUACAUCCAUAAUGUUAGUACCAAACCCUCUUGGUUAGAGACAUCCAUAAUGUUAGUACCAGAACCUCUUGGUUAGAUACAUCCAUAAUGUUAGUACCAAACCCUCUUGGUUAGAGACAUCCAUAGUGUUAGUACCAGACCCUCUUGGUUAGAUACAUCCAUAGUGUUAGUACCAAACCCUCUUGGUUAGAGACAUCCAUAGUGUUAGUACCAGACCCUCUUGGUUAGAUACAUCCAUAGUGUUAGUACCAGACCCUCUUGGUUAGAUACAUCCAUAAUGUUAGUACCAGACCCUGUUGGUUAGAUACAUCCCUAGUGUUAGUACCAGACCCUCUUGGUUAGAGACAUCCAUAGUGUUAGUACCAGACCCUCUUGGCUAGAGACAUCCAUAGUGUUAGUACCAAACCCUCUUGGUUAGAGACAUCCAUAGUGUUAGUACUAGACCCUCUUUCCUUUCUUUGAGACAUCCAUACAGGGCUCUACAGUGCGAGUAUUUCACUCGCAUUUGCCCCUAAAAAUUGAUAUGUGUGAACCGGAAAAAUGAUUUACGAGCAGUGUGCGCGAUUAAAGAUGACUGACAACCUACUGUAAUCUAUUUUCCCCCCGCUGCUAAUUGUUUAAAAACUACAAGUCCCACAUUCCACAAGUGGCAUGCGCCAAACACAGUAGAGUUUCCUGUGAUGACGCAGUCCAGUCAGAGAGAGAAAGGUGAACAACAUUGGAAAAUAGUAUCGGUAUAGGCUAUAAGUUAACGUGCAAACAUCGCUAAAAAUGAAGCCCAUUCAAUUUUAUUUUAAGUGAAAAAGAGACGAGGAGAAAGAGGAAUCCGGCGAGGGGGAUUCGCAAGGUUCAACUAAUGAAGCCUCUUCACAAGGUUUACCUGAGGUGGCUAACGUUGUCAUGGCUGCUAACGUUCAGGAUGCUGGGAACAACGUUAGUGACGCUACCUUGAACCCAGCUGUCACUUCUACGUCCACUGUAGCCGGUGGAGGGAGAACAUAUACAUUGGCUCAAAAUGUUCACACGGCUAGAGUUCGAAAACAACGUCGUGUUCUGCAAAUAUUGUCGGUUGCUGAAACAGGCCUUCGUCCUUCGCGUCAGGAAGCCCGCAUCUGAGUUGACAUUAAUCCCACAUACGACAAUGAUGUGAUGUGCGGAGAUGAUCGGUUAAAUUGCUGACAUAAUGAGAGAGAGCCUGUCAGCGAAGCUGAAAUCCGCAAAGUAUCUUGCCGUUCUAAUAGACGGAGACACUGAUAUAUCCAACACCGAAUGUGAGAUUGUCUACGUACGCUUGUUGGAGGAUGGGAAGCCAGUCAAUCUCCUGGUCGGACAACAGACCCUUGAGCAUUCUCAUGCCAUUGGUAAGUUGUUCCUCUUUAUAGGCUUUAUUCUUGUGUAAAGUUUAAUCAUUAUUCAUAACGAAGAUAAUUUAGUUUGUCAGAAAUACUUUUGUGUAAUUGUUUUUUUGUGUUGUCAUUCGAGGUGUUUUGGAUGCCACCAAGGCCACAUUUGGUGCUGUUUGCCCAGAGGAGGAUGGAGGGUCAUGGAUGAAGAAAUACAUCUCCUUCGGGGCAGAUGGUGCCUCCGUGAACAAGGACCACCGUGGGGGAGUGAUUGCCCACCUGCAGAGAGAGGCAGGGGGGCAUAUCAUCCCAAUCCACUGUAUGCCUCAUAGACUAGAGCUGGCACUACUGACCAUUCAGAAGAAAGAGCCAUAGCUGUCUGUCGUGUACGAUCUUCUGAAUCUGAUAUGGAAGAUGUAUCACUUCAGCGGAAAAUCCAAACGAGAGCUCUUUGUUCUCGGGCAAGAGCUCGGUGUGGAUAUUUGCACACCGUCUAGCGUCAAGGGAACUCGCUGGAUCCCCCAUGUCCACAGAGAGCUCAGUGUUCCUACAGCAUGGACAAGACAAGGACCUUGCCACUGACGAAGGCCCGUACUCCGUUGUUCUGCAGCACAUGGAACACCUGGCCGUAGCAUCAACAACAGAAGUUCAAGGGAGGACAUGUUUGAGCAGCUGUCUUCACUUAGCCUCACCCUGCCAAGGAAUGACCUGAUCCUCCCCCAAGCCACAUCAGAGUUGAGGAAGACAGUGACCAGACUGGAAGCACUAAAUCUUCAGACCAUGCUUGCUCAGCAGCAGGGUGAUGAGAGGAGAUUCCAGGGAAUAACACUGAAUGUGAAUCUGAAAGGCUUCAUGGACCUCACCAGUCCCCAGCUGAAGCGGCACAUGAAGGCGGCCAUCAACAUGGGCGUGGAUGAUCUCAAAGCCAGGUUUGGUGGUUUGCUGAAGAAUGAGGGUGUCCAGAUCCCAGUGGAGUCUUUCAGAGUGCUAAACCCUGACACAUGGCCAGAAGACCAGGCCAGCCUUCUCACCUUUGGCAAUGAUGGUGUGGCAGACCUGAUGAGGCAUUUCAAGGAGCCUCUAGAGAGAUCGGGGUGCAACAUGGCUGCAAUCCAGGAUGAGUGGCAGGGGCUGAAAAUCCUGGUCAGCCACAAAUUAAAGGAAAGUCCUACAGUGGCCUGUGGGAGACCAUGUUGACAAAGGACCCCUACAGGCACGAUUACAAGAACAUACUGGAGUUGGUGCAGCUUAUGCUGGUGCUGCCCAUUUCAGCCGCCCAAUGUGAGCGAGACUUCUCUGCGCAGAACCGGAUUAAGAAUUCGACAAGAACCUGCCUUGGGGUCUCCACCGCCGAAGAUGAGGAUCAGCCUGGAGGGGUCUUCUGUUGAGGAGUUCUAUCCCACUCCUGCCGUGGACCGCUGGCUGACCUCUAAGCGUGCCAGACAGCCAACGUACAAAAUCAGCUGGAUAACUGAUAUCCUUUGUGUCUAGUAGGCUUGGGUCAAUAUGUGAUUUUGGUGGUAUGUGCUGUUCCAAAGAUGUGUGUCCCUUAGUACACGCAC